GCAAACUGGGGCGGAGAAUUUCUGAACAAACAAUUUGGGGCAUGGUUGCGGCGUAAGGGGAUCACUCAUCGUUUGACUAACCCUCAUAGCCCUGCUGAAAAUGGUCUGUGUGAAAUACGUGGGGCUGUAAUACAGUCAGUAAAGGACUGCCUGCUAGUGGAUGCAGGAUUGGGCCACAACCAUAGGCUGUGGGGCGAGGCUCUCCUUACAGCAAACUUUUUGAUUAAUAGAACCUGGUCUAGCUCUAUAAAACAUAUUCCUUACCAUGUGUUGUUUGGGAAAGAACCAGAGUGGACAAUGCUCCAUAACUGGGGUUCUUGGGCACAUGUAAAUAUUCCCAAAGCUGAGUUCCAGAAAGGGGGCGCUAGAGCGCAGAAACUGCAGUUUGUAGGAUAUCAGUCCUAUGGCAAAGGGUGGCGCUUCAAUUUAUGCCCAGGACACGUGGUUCUGUCACGAAGUGCAGACUUUGCUGACCAGGACAGAUGGACUGCGAUCCAUGCCAACCCAGAUUGCCUACUGCCCCUGCAAGUAAGAGAAGAGGCUUCUUCUCAGCCAUUGGCAACACAGGAGCAGGAUGAGGAGGAGGCACAGAUUUCCCCAAAGGAUGUGGCAAUAGAUAAUACUUCUUCUCUAGAGGAAGAGGAAGAAGAGCCAGAGAUAAGGGGGGAAGAUGUAGUUGUGCCUAGGCGCUCCCAGCAUUCAAACAAGGGUGUACCUCCUCAGCAUUUGACCCUAGGAGGAGUGAGAGUAUGCAAUGUAAGUUGUGUGGAACCACAAAGUUAUAAUGAAGUCUUAGACUUACCCCCUGAAGAACGUGCUUUGUGGGAACAAGCUAUGAAAGAAGAAAUGGACUCUUUUAAACGUAACAAAGUGUUUGAGGUCAUAAUGCCGCCUCCAAGUGGCAGAGUGGUGUCAUGCAAGUGGGUUUACAAAAGGAAAACCCUUGCAUCUGGGGAACCACGUUUUUGAGCCAGAUUAGUAGCCAGAGGGUUCACUCAGAUAAAAGGGGAGAGUUAUGAUGAAGUGUUUUCUCCCACUGCAAAGAGUGAAACUUUUCGUUUAAUGCUCUCUAUUGCUGCUGUAAGACAACUAGCAGUGCACCAUUUUGAUGUUGAUGCUGCAUAUCUGCAUGCAAAUUUAGACCAUGAAGUGUUAAUGAGACAACCCCCUGGUUUUGAAGAGGAGAAUGGUGCAGUCUGGCGUUUGAGAAAGGCUGUUUAUGGUCUCAAACAAAGUGGAAGGUGUUGGAACCAGUGUUUAAAUGAAGCCCUUGUAAAACUUGGUUUUAAAAGGAGUGUGGCUGAUCCAUGCCUGUACACCAAGGGGACAGGCAACAAAUAUCUAAUGCUCUUAAUCUUUGUUGAUGAUUUGCUUGUAGCAGGGAGUUCCACAGAUGAGAUCCAGAAGCUCACAAGUCAACUGGAAAAGAGGUUUAAGUUUAAAGCCUUGGGGCCUGUAAGCAAUUACUUGGAAGUAGAAGUAAGGCAGGAAGCUGAUGGAAGCUUUCUUUUAAGCCAGAAAGAGAAAAUUCUUCAUUUGAUAGAGCAGUUUGGCAUGGAAAACUGCAAGCCAGUUCAGACUCCCAUGACACCAGAUUUCCCAAAGACAGUGUGUGAUGAUGAAUUUGAUCAGCCUGAGUUGUAUCACUCAAAAAUAGGAUCACUGUUGUAUUUAAGCCAGUGGUCAAGGCCAGACAUUGCAUGUGCUACAAAUGUUCUGAGCCAACGUGUAUCUAAACCCAGUACUGCCGAUUGGUGUGCUUUGAAAAGGCUUAUCAGAUACCUAAAGGGGACAUUAAAUGUAUGUUUAAAGAUAUCUAGUACACAAGAUGAAAAACUAGAAGUAUUUUUUGAUGUGGACUGGGGAAGCUGUGUAACUACUAGAAAAUCUACAAGUGGAAUGGUUAUGAUGUUUGCCAAUUCCAUAAUUGGAUGGAAGUCAAAGAAACAAGGAUUUGUUGCAACCUCAUCCUGUGAGGCAGAAUAUGGGAGCCUGUCGCUAGCAUGCAAUGAAAUCAUAUGGUUUAUACAGAUACUAAAAGAUCUAGAUUGUAAAGUAGAUUUGCCUAUCCAAGAGUAUGAAGAUAGCCAAUCGUGCAUUGCAUUAGCGGGCUCGGAAAUAAUGAAAUCCGCAUCAAAACAUAUUGCUAUCCGUCAUGCGAAUUUGAGAGAUUGUGUACAGAAUGGGGUAAUCAAACUGGAGUAUUGUCAGUCACAUAUUGCUGAUUUGUUUACCAAGCCUUUGCCAGCAACAUGUCAUAAUGAAUUGAUGACAAAACUGGGUUUAUGUAUAUAGUGUAUGUAUGCAUUGUAUGUAUGUAUUGUUUCUGUUGGCGUUUUUCGCAUUUAAGAAACAGAAGGGGUGUCACGGCUAAAAUGGCCGCUGUUUCUUUAAUGCGACUAAAGCUGGGUCAGCAUGACUCAGCGGCCUGCACCAAGUUGUAUAUACAGUGUGAGAAAUGUUAGUUUGGUUGCUGGUGUUUGGGUUGGUUAGUGCUGGUGUGUAUAGUUGUUCAGUUGCUUUUGAACAAAGACUUUUAAGAAUAAAACUCUGCAAGGA